AUGCCAGUCGACACAGAAUGGAAGGGCAAGAAUGAUGAGUUAGUACCAAUUCCUUUGGAGUUCAAGUUCAGUCUAGCCACCUAUGCUCAUGUCCUUCAUAUGGUCGCAGCCAUGGUCAAGAAGGAAGAAGAUGGCACGAUUGCACUCACCAGUGUAAUCGAUAACAACCAAGUGAGAGUCAAAGUGGAGAACCUCUGGGCAAUGAUUCAUAAGCUGAUCGUGAUGCUACUCGAUCACAAGCUCGAGAUCAAGGACUACCAGUGGAGGAUACUCUGUGAGAAACCUGGAAAUCAGUACAAGAGUCUCUAUACAACACUCUUCCCACGACCUAUACCCACAUAUUCAAGCAAUAUCGUCCAGAGGGUGCUGCUCGCCUGA